ACGAUUCCCUCAUCAGUCUCCGCAGAGCGUUUGUUCAAGACGGGUCUCGUCGAUUUCGGUCCGGGUAGUCGGCAUCGCAGGCAACAAUAUUCACGAGAAUAAAAAAAUCGUUAUUCGUUAUCGAUUGUGGCGCAUCGGUUUAAAAAAAACCCCUCUACCAAUAGACGGCUUUCAUUGUGGGGGUGUGUAAGCGUGACGACAUCGUACGGCAAUCGCGCCCGGCGCUUCCGGUUCAUUGACGCGACGUCGUAGUGUUGCGGUGAAGAAGUUUCUAGUGACCCCAAAGGGAAAAGUAUAGCACUGGUUAGGCCACUGCUGGUGAUUUUGUUUUACCUGGUGUGCAUAGUGGUAGAUUUUCAAAUCCGGCAUCAAGAUGAUGAACGACCCUGCAGCAUUGGGGAUGAUCCCCUUCGAUACUAUUGGAUUAUAUGAGCAGCCAAAGCCUCGGUUCAUCUUCAAAAUGCCACGAGUUGUACCAGAUCAGAAGAAUAAGUUCGAAACAGAUGACCUGUUCAAGAAGCUCAGUCGGGAUAGUGAAGUUCGGUAUACCGGUUUCCGCGAUCGUCCGAUCGAGGAGAGGCGCGGCCGCUUCCGAGCGGGCUGCUGCGAAGGCCACACCGAGAUCUCGUUCGCCACCACCGGUAUCAACGUGCAGCUAGUGUUCAACCCCAACCACGGUCUCUAUCAUCACCCGCACCAUCACCAUCAUCACCAUCCGGCCCACCUGGGACUGGAGAAGGAGUGCGACUUUGACAAGGAACACGGCAAGGUCCAUAUCAAGUCACACUUCAUCAUGAAUGGCGUGUGCGUUCGGUUCCGCGGUUGGUUGGACAUGGAACGACUGGACGGCAUCGGGUGUCUGGAGCUAGAUGAGAAGCGAGCCGCCCAGGAGGACGCCAUCUUGCGGGAACAACUGGACCGCUACAAUCAACGACUGAGAGACUUCGAAGACAAGCAGCGAACCUACCAGCGCACAACCCAGGAUGAGUUCGAGCAGAUGCGCCGGAAUAGCUCCGGCAUUGGGGUUGGGGUGGGAACAGGAGCCACAGGCAUGUGGAGGCGAUAAAUUUACUGUGUUGUCUGAUAAGUAUACCCUAGCAGGCAAAGUAAUAGGCGGCAACUGUGUGAUUUCAAUACUCUCCGUAAUCCAAUUUAUCGCAACAUAGAUGUAUUAAUGUGCUAUGCAAAGGUAAACAGAAAUAAUGUCAUACUAAAUUUUAACUAACCUUUAAAAGUUUUAGCAAGGGCGUGGAAGACAUGAUACUCUCGACUUCCUGUAAAAAAUGGACGUUGGAUGUUUUAUGAAAAUAAUUAUUUAGUUUAUCUUUAAUAAAUCACUGCAACGUGUUUGUUUACGAUUUAAUUCAGUUAAUCGUCAACUGAUGAUGAAUGAACACAAAAUGCUUUCGACAGUUCAACCAAACGGGCAAAUGACCGAAUCAAUAGACCACAAUAAAACACUAAUCAUAUUCAGAUUCAUGUGUAGUAUGACAGCACAUUUUUAAACAAAUUUGUUUUCAAAUUCCAAUUACAUAACGCAAUCCACACGAUUAUCCGUUUGGAGAUGAAUGUUUGGUCAUACAGCCCUCUUUCGAGUACCUUGCAGUAGAGUGCAGUAGACAUGCAAUUUUUAAUACGUUUGAGAGCUCAAAAGUUUCCGUGCGAUGUAGUUUUUGUUAUCGGUGUAAUUGAUUUGCAAUCAUCAUUUUUGAUUAUCUUCAUAAACAAUCUAAACUUGUAAGCCAGAAGUUUAUUUUAUAUUAUUUUAUCUAUCUAUAAGUAAUCGAAUCUCAAAGGAACUACCAAAUAUUAAGGAACACAUGAGAAUGCAUAUUUUUCUUCAGUGUCCAAGCAGUAAGCGAUAUACGUUUUAGAUUUCUAAGUAGAGAUGUCAAUAAAUUCGACAGCCUUUUGUUAUAAUAAUUUAAAAAUCAA